AAUCAGGACUUAAAUUCUGCACAGCACAGGCACUGAGACCUUUUUGUCCUGGGAGAACAAAACUUACAUUUCCUCUGCUGUAUUUGAGCUGCGAGGGCAUUUCAAUGGGGAGUCUUCAAGGAGUUUCUCUCUUUGUGGUGCUGAGUGUGCUCCUCCUCACUGGUACCAGUGUCCAAGCAGGGAAGAUUUUGGUGUUCCCAGUGGAUGGCAGCCACUGGGUCAACAUGAACCUGCUGAUCCAAAACCUUCAUGCUAAGGGCCAUGAGGUCACUGUUGUUCGAACAGCCACUAGUUGGUAUGUCAAAGAAUCUGCGCAACAUUUUCGCACCAUUACUGUCACACUGCCAGAAGCCAUAGUCAUUGAAAAGGAGGACUUCUUUGUGAAUUUUCUCAUGAAAAUGCUGGAAAUUAAGAAGGAAGGUUCAUUAUCCGGUUUUGUUAAGUUUUACUGGGAGAUGCUGAAUGCACUGUCGGACAUUCACAAACAGGCCAGCUUAUUGGGAGUGGAAAUGUUUGAGAACAAGACUCUUAUGCAGAGUAUUCGGGACACUCAGUUUGAUGUGGUCCUGGUUGAUCCAGGUUUACCUGUCGGAGUUCUGGUGGCUCAUGAACUAAAGCUGCCAACAGUUUAUAAUGUGAGAUGGAUCACCAGUGGAGAAGGCCAUUUUGUUGUGGCUCCUUCUCCAACUUCAUAUGUUCCAACUUCUGCACACCCUGUGACCGACAAGAUGACAUUUAUCGAAAGAGUCAAAAAUACAUUGUUCUAUUUUCUAAACACAUGCAUUGACAAGUUUGUUGUGUGCCCUCACUAUGAUAGACUGGUGUACAAGUACUUUGGUCCAGACAUGAAGUUCUAUCACCUUCUUCAAGGUGCAGACAUCUGGCUCAUGAGGGUAGACUUUGUCUUUGAAUUCCCCAGGCCUACCAUGCCAAACAUUGCCUACAUUGGUGGAUUUCAGUGCAAGCCCUCCAAGCCUUUAUCCAAAGAGCUGGAAGACUUUGUUCAAAGUUCAGGAGAGCAUGGUGUCCUCCUGAUGUCUCUGGGUACACUGGUUAAAGGUCUACCAACAGACAUCACCUCAGAAAUAGCUGCUGCUUUUGCCCAGCUUCCUCAGAAAGUCAUAUGGAGGCAUGUUGGUGAGCGACCCAGCAACUUGGGCAACAAUACCCUUUUGGUUAAGUGGAUGCCACAGAACGACCUGUUGGGUCAUUCAAAGACUAAAGCCUUUGUGGCCCACGGCGGCACUAACGGUGUGUACGAGUCCAUCUACCAUGGAGUGCCCAUCAUCGGCAUCCCCCUUCUGUUUGACCAGUUUGAAAACAUCCUGAGACUGCAAGCGCGAGGAGCAGCGAGGGCUGUGGAUGCAACACAGAUCACACGAAAGAACUUCCUGGAAGCAGUGCAAGAUGUCAUUAACAAUCCCUCCUACAGAAAGAACAUGAAGCGCCUGUCCACUCUCCAUCGGGAUAAGCCAAUGCAUCCUUUGGAUACUGCAGUGUACUGGAUAGAGUUUGUCAUGAGGCAUAAAGGGGCCGCACAUUUACGAACAGAGUCUUAUAAGAUGCCUUGGUAUUCUUAUUAUUCUGUGGAUGUUUUUGUCUUCUUGUUGGCAAUUUUGCUGAUGCUGACAGCUGCUGUGGUAGGUUUCAUACGAUUCCUCUGCUUUCAGCUGAGCAGGAAGAAAAAAUCUAAGCAAGACUAAGUCAGAGCUCUGAACCAGAAGGCUGUUUAUUUAACUUGUCUUGUAAGAAUACACAUUUGCAUUUGCAGGUUUUACAUAAAACAGUUUUCUAGUCUUAGGCAAAUUUUAAAAUGAUUGAAUCAAUUCUCAAAUAUGCAAAAGUUCAUAAUAGAUCCAAUAAUGUCAUUAUUCAUUGUUUUUAUUGUAAGAGGAGAAGCAGUGGCAAUAUCAUGGAAAUGAAAUGCACUUCUGUAGUCAGUUGUCAUCUUAUUGACAGCCUAUAAACAUGGCAUUUUGCUGCCCUAGAGCAUCCAGGUGAGUGCUAACAUUGGCAAUUGUAGAAGCAAUUGUUUAUGCCCAAUAAUGAAAAGCUGUAGGGAAAUUUACUAGAUUACUCAGAUUACUAGAGAGAAUAAUUAUUCAAAAGUUGGCAUAACUCACACAAAUCUCCAGUGGGGUUUGAUCUGGCAGCAAUUAAUGAGACAUCUCCUAAGCCCCACACACACACAAAAAAAAACUGGCAAAUAUGUGAACAGGUUCUCCUCCAUUUGUUUAUUCAUUUAACUCUUUUUCACUUCCUGUCAUCCCUCUCUAAUUUUGUCUACUCUUAGUGAGUGUUCCCCACUGCUCUGUUGUUGUAUUGUUGUUUCAGAAUAAAUACUAUCAGAUCUCAGCGAAUUUGUCUAACAUUCAGACUGUGAAAUAUUCAGGAAGUUUGGAAAGCCCUCAAAACCUCUUGAAGGCUUUGUUUAGCAUAUUAAAUGCUAGAUUUAAUGAGAGGACAUAAGAAAAAUGUUGAAGAACUAUGGCUUGUUUGAAUUAGUUGAAAGAGAAAGUCUUUCCUCUAAGAAGAGAACAUCGUCAAACAAGUUGCACCUAUUUGAACUGCAAAACUUCUGGAUCAGUGUUUGACAAACUCUAGCAGCAUUUAAUUUGUUGUGUUCUUUUCUUUUUUGUACACUGAACUUGAAUGAACUUGAAUGACUAGGUGAGUUAUCUCCUGACCUGGUCAUUCAGGUCAGGAAACUGACAGCGUGUCACUGCAGGAUCAAUGACACUAGUCCUCUAUUAGUCCCGUGUUGGCUGGAUUAUUAAUGUUUUCAUUUAUUCUGAGACUGCAAGCGCGAGGAGCAGCGAUUGACACAAGUUCACCAGUGUCUCUGCGUGAACUUUACUGUUAAACGAUGUCAUGUACUGUCCUGCUGAUGAAGAUCCAUAAUAAUCCACUAACAAAUGCUAUUUAAUUCUGUGUUUGAAACAUUUGCUUUACAAUCAAUGACAGUAUUAUUGUUCAGUCACAGCUGCCUUGAAGCUUUAAGUGAUUUACUCUAAUCAUCAAAUUGUUAGCAAGCUGGCAAUAUUUAAUACAUUCUUUAAAUAAAAAGUGUGCAAUUCUUUAUAGUGUAAUUGUGUAACUAUUUUACAGCAUACUCACCGUCAACAAUAUGUAGCUGACAUGUAAGCAUUGACAUAAAACAAAAACAAAUCAGA